AGAAAGAGACAAAACAAGAAGACUAAGGAAGUAAACAUUAUUCUCUCGUGCAUCUUACUUCAACUUUGUCUUUAAUCGGGAUUUCUCGAUCUUUGUCUCCUCAUUUCGAAAACAAUGAACAAGAUCUUUCUCUACAUAGUUUUUCUUCUAUCUCCACCACAAAUCCAUUCCCAAAUCCUUCCACAAAACAUCAGCAUUUUCAUAUUGGCCGGUCAAAGCAACAUGGCAGGUCGGGGCGGCGUUUAUAACGACACAUCCAAAAACAUAAUCGUGUGGGACAGCGUAAUACCGCCAGAAUCUCGAUCAAACCCUUCCAUCCUCCGCCUCACGGCUAAUCUCGAGUGGGAAAAAGCUAAAGAGCCACUCCAUGCUGAUAUUGACGUUAACAAGACUAAUGGUGUUGGACCGGGGAUGUCAUUUGCAAACCGGGUGGUUAACCGGUUUGGUAAGGUAGGUUUGGUUCCUUGCUCUAUAGGUGGGACUAAACUAAGCCAAUGGCAAAAGGGUGAGUUUCUUUACGAGGAGACAGUGAAAAGGGCCAAAGCAGCUGUGGCUAGUGGAGGUGGCUCGUACCAAGCGGUUUUGUGGUAUCAAGGCGAGUCGGAUACGGACGAUAUGGUGGAUGCUUCGGAUUAUAAAAAGAGACUAGUCAAGUUUUUCAAUGAUCUUCGAAGUGAUUUACAACAUCCAAAUCUUCCUAUUAUUCAGGUGGCUCUUGCUACAGGCACAGGACCAUAUCUUGGGGCGGUAAGGAAAGCACAACUUGAGACGGAUCUUGAGAACGUACAUUGUGUUGAUGCAAUGGGCUUACCUCUUGAACCGGACGGUUUGCACCUGACCACAUCUUCUCAGGUCCGGCUUGGUCACAUGAUGGCUGAUGCUUUCUUGGCCAUUUCUAGUUCAGCAGAAUUAUUCUCUGGCUUGUCUGUCCUUGUUCUGUUUCCUCUAUUCAUUUUAUAGUAUAUUUUGGACCAACCUUAACAAUUUUGGAUACUUCAUGAUUCUGUUCCAAUUAUUGUAGAGGGAGGGAUUCUUGGAGUUUUACUAAACUUGAAUAAAGAUGGGCAAGUGUUCAAUC